UCCGCUUUCCGUGCGUAAUGUGGAGAGGAGUGGCUUUAAUUUGUUGCUGGUCAUAUGAUGUUAUUUAAACAAACAAGAUCCAGCUGGCAAGAAGAAAUCUAUUCCAGUUGGCAGGAGAUCCCAACGCUGGCAGCAGAGCCCCGCCGUUGACAAACACUGCGCAGCUCAUCAUGGCCGACUUAGAGGAUUCUGGGUUUUCCCUCAUGAGCCUGGAGGAUGAGCUGACCUGCAGUAUCUGCCUGAGCACCUUUGACUGUCCGGUCACCAUCCCCUGCGGACACAACUUCUGCCAGGACUGCCUGCUUUCCUCUUGGACAGACUCCUACAGCUGCCCGCAGUGUCGGACCCCUUUUGAAAACAAGCCGGAACUGAAGAAGAACACGGUCCUCAGCACAGUGGUGGAGACCUUCAGGGUCAGGGCCACUAAAGGAGAAGGUGUUCAGCAUGUAGAUGAGGAGGAGGAGGAUGAUGAUGAUGAUGAUUAUGAGGAGGAUGAGGAUGAUGAUGAUGAUGAUGAUGAUGAUGAGGAGGAGGAGAAGAAUGUAAUCCGCUGUGACACCUGCAUGGAGGCAGAGGCGGCUCAGACCUGCCUCACCUGCAUGGCCUCCUUCUGUGAGGAGCACCUGCGGCCCCACAGAGAAAACCCCACAUUCCGCCUCCACCAGCUGACGGAUCCCAUAGAGGAUCUGUCUGAACACAUCUGCUCUGACCACCACAAGCUGAUGGAGCACUUCUGCUCCAACCAUGGCCGCCUGAUCUGCAGCCUCUGUCUGCAGCAGGUCCACAAAGGCUGUGCUUUCACUUCUCCAGAGGAGCAAAGAAGCCUGAAAGAGUCUGAGUUCAGAGACAAGUUGGGUAUACUGGACAUAAAGAUCGACAAGACUGAUAACAUUGUGCUUCAGAUGAAUGAACUCCAGGGCAAGCUCAAGGAUGCAGCAAACAAGAAAAAGAUGGCGCUGGCUGCCGUAUACCAGCAGAUAAGGGAGAUGUUGGCUCAGGAUGAACGUGUGGCCCAGCAUGAGGUGGAUUGUGAGUUAGAGGCUGGUCAGAACAAACUUGGAGACCUUACCAAGAAGUUCAACAACAACAGUGAGAGGAUGAAGAAAGCCAGAGAGGAGGUCUACAAUCUGCUGAGUCAUGCUCAAACACCAGCCUUUCUUCAGGCAUCUUUUGAGCUGCCCAAGGUGGUUAAGUUUGACCCCCACCCCCCUCGAGUCAACCUGGACUCCAAGAGGGUGAUGGCAACCCAGAGCUUUGCUACUACCCUGCAGGAGAGCUUGACGAUGCUCUUCAGUCAGCCUUUUGAGGCCAGAGGGCCCCUGCUUAAACCAGAAUUGAACACCGGCUCUGAUGCAUCUGGGAAGGCAGAAGCUUCUCUCCCAAGGGCUGAAAACAGUACAUCCUGGACUGAGUCCCAAUCCUAUCAGCCACCAGAUCAGAGACCUCCACCCAGGUCUCAUAGUCCAGGUUGUCCACCUAUCCAGACAGUCUACCAGCCGGUCCAUAUUCCAUUUUACAUACAGGGAAAGCCAACAUGGAAUCCAAAGCCGGGUCAGUCCACUGGUUUUACCAGGCCUCCGUUCUUUCCUGGACAGAAACCAUACAAGAACGCUGACGGCAGCCACAAGCCCCACCAAAACAAGAAGGCUGACGGCGGCCACCAGCCCCACCACAAGCAAGGCAAACAUCCACCAAGCGCCCAAGGAGGUCAGAAACCUGGUGGGAAGGGACCCGAUUCUGCUAAGAAGGACAAACCGAAAAGCCAUCCACCAUCAGAGAAAAGGGCCGGACACAACCCUCACCCUAGAAAAAAUAAGUAGGAGUCUUCAUCAGCCCACCUGGUCUAUACGGAGGGGACUACAAAAACCCCAUGCAUGAAAUUAAUGUUGUAAUUGGUGACAUUUGGGCUUUUUUAAAGGUUUUUGUUUUGGGUUAUUAAACCUAAACUAAUGCAUUAUAAAUAAUCCGUAUUUUCCCCCUUUAUUCAGUAAUAUUUAUAGUUUAGCUACCUUUAAAAAUGGGAAAAGCAACUCCUUUGUGAAAGUAAAGAGGAAGGCCAGUGAUUACUAUGUCAAUCAGUCCAAUAAUGGGGAAAAUAGAUGUUCCAAACAUUCCACCUAAUCUAAUUGCCCACCACUUUGCGUUUGUUUGUUUAAUAAAUUUUGUUUUCUGUGCACAAAGCCAGAGCAAGUGGUGAAAACCCACUAUGGGGAGCUGAAGGGAAAUGAGUCCAAGAUUUGAUAACCUUUUAAUGAUCAUGCUUGUGAAAGUAUAUUAGUUGCUUCAUACAGCAAUACAAUAUUUAUUAAUACAUUCCUACUCUUAUGCAAAAUUUUUAAGUAAGGUUAUAGACUAACUGCCUUAUGUUGAUGACAUGUUGAUACUGUCAUAUGCUGUAAUGUUAACCGCACUUCUUAGUUUGCAUCUAUAUAUAUAUAUAUAUA